GCCCGCCGCGGGCUUGGCGUGGUCGCCGCGAGCCAGGGGCGCCUCUCGGAGCCCGAACGCAGGCAAGGCCCCUUCUGGGCCCGAGCUCCGUCUCUCAUCCCAAGAGCUUCAGCGUCAGCAAACACUCAGGAGCCAGAAGCACCGGGACUCAGGGGAACAGUCUCCAAUCUUGUUCUCUGUCACCUCCUAACCUCGGAGCCAGAAGCAGGGUGCCUCUGUUUCUCCCUGCUGCCAUGGAGACCACCAAUGGAACGGAAACCUGGUAUGCAAAGCUGCACGAGGUGCUGAAGGCUUUCAACUCCACCCUGCACAGCAACCUGCUCUGCCAACGGGACCCGGGGGCAGACAACCUGGUCAAGGAGUCCCGGGCCAGCCAACCUGGCCGGGACGACAACUCCUACAUGUAUAUUCUCUUUGUCAUGUUCCUGUUUGCUGUCACAGUGGGCAGCCUCAUCCUGGGGUACACCCGCUCUCGAAAAGUGGACAAGCGCAGUGACCCCUAUCACGUGUACAUCAAGAACCGAGUGUCGAUGAUCUGAUGUUCUGGGGCCUGGGAUUGCCACAGCGGGAGAACCCUGAAGACUGUCUUCUAGGGCUCCCCCCACCUCUGGACUCAGCCACCAGCCACAUCAGGCCUCCGCGUUCAUAUCUUGAGAUCAGCCAGAAGCAGUGCCCAGGGAGACGUUGCUGGAGGAUAGGCCCUGGCACACUUGGGCCCUGCAGAUAAGGAUUUUUUUCCACCACAGAUAGAUUUUAUAGCUAACAGGAGCCACGUGAACAAAUCCCUAGAGCGUAGCACUGUAGCACUGUCCUCUCGUUGUUCAUUGAUUUGUUCAAGCAGGCACCAGAAACGUCUCCAUUGUGAGACUUGUUGUUACUGUUUUGUGCAUAUCAAAUACAGCACGGGUAGCUUGCCAGGCUCUGCCGUGUGGGCGGGAUACUCUCGGUAGUUUGCUGGGCUCUCUGAGAGGGACGGAGGACUCGAACCUGGGUCGAUUGCAUGCAAGGCAAAAGCCCUACCUGCUGUGCUACCGCUGUUCCAACCCCCAGACCAUAACUGAAGAUAAUGACCGAAGACGAAACCCAUGGCUGAUGAACUUGAGACUUGGGCUGGAGGAAGGAAAUUUCAGUGGAGGGAAACAAAAUGCAGAAUGAUUCGAGGACUCCUGCUCUUCAAUGUUCUCUUUGAUGCCCAGGAGAAGCAGCCGCGAGACUCACCAAUAGGCUGUCAGGUUCUGUUCCUUCUCUUUGUUCACACAUGAUGUUUUUCAAUACAGUUGGCAUGUAUGGUUUGAUACCUCUGGAAGGGAAGCAGGACACAUGAUGUUCCACACAGAUCCAGGACUGGGCCCCGGGCCCGCUGGUCUCCUUGCCGAGAGCUUUCCAGAAUUCUCUCCUCCCCCACCCCUGAACAUCCAUCUCCAGGGUUCCUCUUUAUAAUAAUGAAUUCCAAGACCUCUUGCUUUGGCAAAAAUUUCAAGAACAUUUUACUCUGUUCAUUCAUCUCAGACCCCUCCUGAGGCCUUAAGGAGGAGCCAUAAAAGUGUAUGGUUUGCUUUAUGUGACCUUACAUAUGUUACAUGUAUAAUAAGGGGAAACAACUUCAGCUUUGAAAAAGAAAAUAAAAAUUAAUGUUUA